GCAAGCAAGGAUGGAAAUGUUUAAAGAAAUAACUUCAACUUUAUAAAUAAAUAAUAUAAUUUUAAUAACUUAUCACUUUCUCUACUACUUCAGCAGAAGAUCUCCCCAUAUCUCACCUCUUUUCUGUAUGCAGAACCUUAGAGCAUCGUUGUUCAGUCCUGAUCAGAAAGGCUAUUAAGAUUUACUAUGGAUAACAUCUAUUUUAAACUUAUGCAGGGCUUUGUAGUCCCAAUUUAAGUGUCUUACUUAUGGUUGCAUAAACCCUUUAAUAUUGUCCGUUUAAAUAUUGUUGGAUUUGAGUCUUCAGUGGGUUGUAUAGUAUAGAUCCUGCUGUAGAUAGACAGAUUUACAACAGUCUGUUUAGUGAUCAUUCAAAGUUACAAAAACACUGAAAAAAGUGACUUAUGACCAUUUCCCACACUUACGACCGUGGCAGCAUCCCCAUGGUCACAGGAUCAAAAUUCAGAUGCUGGGCAACAAACUCACAUUUAUGCCAGUUGCAAUGCCCUGGGAUCAUGUGAUCCACUUUUGCAACCUUCUGACAAGCAAAGCCAAUGGGGAAGCCAGAUUUACUUAACCAUGUUAGUAAUUUAACAACUGCAGUGAUUCAGUUAACAAAUAUGGCAAAAAUGUCGUAAAGUAGGGCAAAACUCAUUUAACAAAUUCCUAAUUUAGCAACAUAGAUUCUGUGCUCAAUUGUUAAGUCGUGUUUGAUGUGAUUUACUGAUUUUUCUUUUCCAUGAAACAGCCUUUGUUAUAGGUCACAGGUACUAGGGAUCAGAUUGUCUCAAACUUGAGACUGUAUUAUUAGCAUUUUAAAAGGUGAUAUUAGCACUUUUAACACGGCAGGGUUUUUUUUUAACUUUAAGGAAACAUGUUUUUCCCUUCUUAGCCAAGGACAUUUUUUUGUCAUAUGAGGGCUUACAUUUUGGGCAACUACACAAUAGACAGCGUAUUCUGAAUGCUCCUGAAUAGGUUUGCGAAUUUUAAGCCACCGGGCCUGGUGGCUCAGCAGACUGAUAGCAUUGUGAUUAACACCAGCUGUCUGCAAUUACUGUAAGUUCGAAUCUUGCCAGGCUCAAGGUUGACUCAGCCUUCCAUACUUUCUAAGGUAGGUAAAAUGAGGACCCAGUUUGUGGGGGCAAUAAGCUGACUUUGUAUAAAUAUACAAAAGUAUGAAGGCUAUUGCUUAAUGCAUUGUAAGCUGCCCUGAGUCUCCGGAGAAGGGCGGCAUAUAAAAAGAAAAAAGAAAAAAAAGAAAGAUACAAACCCAGCUGCCAAAGAAUAAAUUAACCCAUAAAUUUGCCACUUUUGGAAUAUUACCUGUGUUUCUCCAUAGGCGCCCAAACACUUUUUGCCUGGACGGAGAACUGACGGAGAGUAAAAGCUUCAUCUGCUUGCUAAUGGAGCUCUUGGGAAUGGAGUGAAUUCACUGACAGAGACUGGAAGCUUUGUCUGUUUGCAAAAGGAAAGAGUGUGGCAGGCAGAGGGAGGCAGCAGGGGAGAUUUGCGCUGCCUGGUCAUUCAGCUUCCCCCAACUAUCCACGCCACUCUCCUGGCCUGAAGGUGCAUUCCACCGGCACUGCUUUGGGCAGCCCUGUAAACCUAGGGCAGUGGGCAAGCAGACGGUGAGAGGGUGCAGACGGGCAGCUUCAGCAGCUGUCUGGUAGGCAGGGGGAGAUGGCUGGGGAGGCUUGUGCCACCCCAUCACGAUGCAAGCUACAGGAGAGUUGGCGGAGGGAAAGGAGGAGGAGGCUGCCGCUGGGCAAGUAAUCUGCGAGGUGAAGCAUGGGCGGUCAGGACCGAAGAAAGCCCCUUCAGUGGUGGACACGGCUGUUGCGCAGCAGCAGCGGAGUCUUUUGCUGUUACUCUCUCUGGCUCCAACACCGUGGAGGGGGACUGCAGUGAGCAACCAGACGGUGGGAUUUCCAGUGUUGGAGCAUUCACAACUCCUGCAUGCAGCCCAGAACUAUGUUGGCUUUUUUGGCAGUCGCUGUACACUGCUGGCUCAUAUCUAAAUGGUUGUCCACUAGGACUCCAAGAUCCCUUUCACAGUUACUACUAUUGAGCAAGUCUGAAUCCUGAUUUUUUUUUUAAACAGACAGCUUAGAAGAUGCCAGAAGAAAUUAAAGUAUUGGUAGAAGGAGUUUCUCGAUACUGUGAUUGUUUGACUCCUGAGAUGACAACUACAUCUUCUCCUGGAAGCUGUGAUGGAAAGAAUGCAAGAAAUCCUGGCCACAACAAAGCUCUCAUACCUAAGUGCAUUUCAGACAAAUUAUUCACCGUAGGAGCGGUUGUUGUAAUUGCAGCUUUGAUCAUUAUUAUCAUUUCAUUGGCUGUUAAAAAGACAGAAACAUGUUUGCCUUGCCGUCCCCUUGUAAGUGUUGCCUGCCCAGAUUCCUGGAUUAGAUACCAUGGAAAAUGUCUUUAUGUAUCAAAAGAAGAAAGGAAUUGGUCUCUCAGUUUAACAACCUGUUCCUCAUUUAAUGCAUCCUUGGCAGUGAUUGAUACUCAGAAGGAAUUGGAUUUUUGGGUGGAUAUUUUCCGUUCCUCUCAUUACUGGUUUGGUCUCUCAAGAAAAGUUAACCAGAUCUGGAAAUGGUCCAAUGGCACAGAGUUUAAAAAUCAGUUUCCAGUGCGAGGAGAAGGCUUCUGUGCAUAUCUGAAUGGAAAAGGGGCCAGUAGUACCAUAUGCUCCAUGGAGAAACGUUUUCUCUGCAGCCGGCCAGAAAGUUACAACAAGGCUGGAAUGAAGGGGAGCUCCUGGCUGGGAGAAAUAUGGGGGGGGAGGGCAGAGCAAUAUGGCCAUUGAGUGACAGCAUCUCAAGGGGGGGGGGUCUUAAUUUUUUAUCUGAGCUUUUCUUUAAAGCUAAACUAUUUAAUUCAAGAAUUGUAUUUAAAUAACAUUAAUCUGAAUUAGUUUUUAGUAAUUUUUGCUUUAGAAUUGAAGCAGUAUACAAGUCUAAGUGCUAUUGCUAUUUCUAGCCAGUAUUUUAGAGCCUGGACUUUUAACUGCACUGAAUGCCUCCUAAUGAUGGGAGGCAGCAAAGCUCUGAAACAGGAACAAAAAAAGGAUCCAGAGAUAAAAACAAGCCUGAGAUGCCACAAACAGAAAAUUCCAAGCAUUUUGAACAUUUCAAAAAUGUCAGCAAUCUCUAGAUAGCUGAAACUGAAGGAUUUAUUUCAGCACAAUUCUAUAAGUAAGUCUCCUUAUUUUCCUCUUUACCCCCUCGGCAAUCUGCACUGAUAAAUCUAAUGCCGUGGGAAGAAGGCAAUUUCUCUUCCUCCAAAGAUAAAGUUUCUACAGGAGAAAGAGGGGAGGAUGCCUUUAAAACCACAAAAAAAAUAAAAAUAAAAAAUUUAAAAGGCGGAUGCAGAUUUGAGCCUUGGUAGUACAGUGGUCUAAGGCACCCUGUUAUUAAGCUGGUUAUUAAGACCAGCUGCCUGCAAUUACUGCAGGUUCGAAUCUCGCCAAGGCUCAAGGUUGACUCAGCCUUCCAUCCUUUCUAAGGUAGGUAAAUUGAGGACCCAGUUGUGGGGGCAAUAAGCUGACUUUGUAUAAAUAUACAAAAGGAUGAAGGCUAUUGCUGAGCACAUUGUAAGCCGCCCUUCUCCGAAGAAGGGCAGCAUAUAAAUCAUUUUUUUUUUAAAAAAAGAUUUAUUUAUUUAUUCAAUUUAUAUACUGCUCUUCUCCCCAGGGGGACUCAGGGCGAUGGACAGCCAACUUAAAACACAUAUAGUACAAAAGAAAAAAACUAAAAUAAAUUAAAUCAUCGGCAUUUCCAAUUUAAAAUCCCAGAUCUGCAAAAUCGAAAAGUUCCCAAUUUAAAACCCAGAAUCAAUAAAAUCGAAAAUUUAAAAACCCCCUUAAAACCAUUUAAGCUAGGCCAGCUUGUUGGAAUAAAUAAGUCUUCAGGGCCUUUCGGAAAGCGCAGAGGUCUGGGGUCAGUCAUAUUCCAGGAGGUAGUUCAUUCCACAGGUUGGGUGCCCCCACAGAGAAGGCUCUCCCCCUGGGGGUCGCCAGCCAACAUUGCUUGGCUGACAGCACCCUGAGGAGGCCCUCUCUGUGCGAGCGUACUGGCCGGUGGGAGGUUAUCAAUAGUAGCAGGCGGUCUCGCAGGUAUCCCGGCCCUAUGCCAUGGAGCGCUUUAAAGGUGAGAACCAACACCUUGAAACGCACCCGGAAGACCACUGGGAUUGCUAAGAACUGCCUAUUAAGAGCAUGUAGUACAGUGGACUAAAGCACUGUUAUUAACAUCUGCUUGCAAUUACUGCAAGUUCAAAUCUCACCAGGCUCAAGGUUGACUCAGCCUUCCAUCCAUUCUAAGGUAGGUAAAAUGAGGACCUAGAUUGUGGGGGCAAUAAGCUGACUUUUGUAUAAAUAUACAAAAGUAUGAAGGCUAUUGCUUAACGCAUUGUAAGCUGCCCUGAGUCUCUGGAAAAGGGCGGCAUAUAAAAGCAAAAACAAACAAACAAACAAAAAACUGCUAAAACAGUUAUUGCUGUUAGGUGUCAAUCAGAACUUAAGAUAGUUUUACAGCCCCUCAGAUUCUGCUGCAGAUUGCACGUUUUUCAUGAAAAGUAGGUGGAAAAAUAGAAGAGUAUUAUUACAAUCACUUUCAAAAUUGCUUCAUUGUUCUGUUCUGUUCUAUUCUAUUCUUCUGUUCUGUUCUGUUCUGUUCUAUUCUAUUCUAUAUUUCUAUUUCUAUUCUAUCAAGAGUAUAUUCCAUUGAGUUUACAGAAGUCUCUUGACUCUCCAGAUGGCAAAGUCGUAAAAGGAAUAAUGUUUAUUUAUAGUCAUUCCACACUCCCUUCAAUGAUCUUUAAACACAGAGAUUUCUUUUAAGGGGAAGUCUAUAUAUCACCUAUAUGGCCUCUGCUAAAUUUUGGGAUGAGAGCUAAGCUCGCGGGCGAGGGUAGCAUACUGUAAGUCCCAGAAAUGAUUAAAUCAGUUAGCCAAUAUCCAUACAGCAGAAAUAUUGUAUAUGUGUAAAAAUAAAAUAGUCCUCAACUUACAACCAUUCAUUUAGUCACAGUUUGAAAUUGCAACAGUACUGAAAAAAGUGACUUAUGAAUGGUUUUGACACAACUGUUGCAAUAUUCCCCAUGGUCAUGUGAUCAGAAUUCAGGUGCUUGGCAACUGACAUUUAUUUCUGAGAGUUGUACUCUCCUGGGGUCAUGUGAUCACCAUUUACAAUACAAUACAAUGCAAUUCUUUAUUAGCUAAGUGUGAUUGGACACGCACGGAAUUUGUCCUUGGUGCAUAUGCUCUUAGUGUACAUAAAAAGAAAAGAUACAUUCAUUAAGAAUCAUAAGGUACAAUACUUAAUGAUAGUCAUAGGGUACAAAUAAGCAAUCAAAUCAUACUAGGAAACAAUCAAUAUAAAUUGUAAGGGUACGGCUACAAGUUACAGUAAUGCAGUCAUAAGUGGGAGGAGAUGGGUAAUAGGAACGAUGAGAAAAUAAUAGUUCAGACUUAGUGAAUAGUUUGACAGGGUUGAGGGAAUUAUUUGUUUAGCAAAGUGAUGAUGGUAUUUGGGUAAAAACUGUUCUUGUGUCUAGUUGUUCUGGUGUGCAGUGGUCUAUAGCUGUGAUGGUGAACCUAUCGCACACGUGCCACAAGUGGAGCACGGAGCCAUAUCUCUGGGCAUGUGAGCAUUGCCCUAGCUCAGCUCCAGCACUCGUGCACACUCCAGCCAGCUGAUUUUCGGGCCUUCCGGUCCCACCGGAAGCCGUUUCUGGCCUCGGGAGGGCCUCUGGGUGGGGGGGGGGGAAAGGCCGUAUUCACCCUCCCCAGGCUCCAAGAAAGCCUGGGGAGCCUGGGGAGAGUGAAAAACAGGCCUUCCAGUUCCACUGGAAAUCAGGAAACAGGCUGUUUCCGGCCUCCAGAGGGCAUCUUGGGGGGGAGGCCAUUUUCUCCCUCUCCAGGCUCAAAAAAACUGGUGCCUGAGGAGGGCAAAAAAUGGGCCUGCCAGGCCCACCAGUAACCUUUUUGCUAUCACGUGCCAAAAGCAGGGGGAGCGCGGGGUGGGGUGGGGCACGAAGGGGACAUUGAAUUAUGGGUGUGGGCACGCGCAUGCGUGAGCCCCCCCACUCCUCCCGCUUUUGGCACGCGACGGCACAAAAGUUAGCCAUCACUGCUCUAUAGUAUCGUUUUGAGGGUAGGAGUUGAAACAAUUUAUAACCUUCCCAGCCAGCACAAAACUAGGUUCACAGAUUUCCCUGUGUUAUUUUCCAAGCCUACAUUUCACAAUUCCGACAGCUUCUGUAUUGUCUUACGUUAUUAAGGUAAAGUCUCCCUUGAGCCAAGAUUGUUCCUCUUGAUUUCAUGGGCACAUUUAUGUAGGUUUGGGAUCAGGACUAUGGUAAUGAAUUUUCUUCUUCCAAGGGCCUGGAGCCCUAAUGGAGGUAUGUCAUCCUGAAGGUGGACUGAGGAAAGAUUGUGCCUCCACACCGUUUGUGCUUGCCCCUUUUCAUGCCAUCUUCAUUAUUUUUUAAUGUUAGUACUUACGAUUUUAAUAAUGUUUUCCUUGCUUCUUUUAUUGUUUGAAAGCCACCUCUAGGCAAGAUGGGCAGCAGUAGUGGGAUUCAAAUCCCGUCACUCCCGGUUUGCUCAUGGGCGUGCACAUGCGCAGAGACAUCCGGGCGGGUGGGCAGAGCCGCUGCUACCAGUUUGCCCGAUCCAGAGCGAACCAGUAGCAACCCACCACUGAUGGGCAGCAUAUAAAUUCAGUAACAAUCCUGGAAUGCUUAUAGUUCCUGCAUCAGAGAGCGUUUUGGAUUUCACGUGGAAAGUGUAGAAGUGCUAACAUGGCAUCUGCUUGCACCUCAUUAAAGUAGCUGCUUCUAUUUCCAACAUUGCAAAGCCAUACCCAAAGUACUGUAAAUCUUAAAUGUUCACCCAGUGUUAAAAACAAAAAAUGAGAACACAUUUUAAAAUCCAUGUCAUAGCUGCAAAAGGACAAAUAUUAAAAAUUAGCAUGGAGCAGUGGUUCAGAUACUGAAUUUUGUGUAGGAGAUCUUAGUUAAAAUCCAACCUCCGUCAAUGGAAGCUAAUGAGGGGAGCCUCACUCUGAACUCAGCAUAACUGACACCAACGUUUCUCAGAAGAUUUGUAGGAAGAACCUUCUACCUCUACUCUGUGCUUUGCUCCCUUGCUUGCCAUGUUGGUUAAUAUUUAAGCUAUUUUAAUGUGACUAUUAUUUUAAUGUUUUCAUUGUUUGAUGUUUGAUAUGACUGAUAUAAUAAUAAUAAAUAAUAAUAUAUAAUAAUAA